CACGGCGUGACGGGACAAUUCGUGACUUUCUGUUCUUGACAUCGACUUUAAUCGAUCAGUCUGUAUAACGUUAAAUAUCAAAUUGACAGGUAUACAGUUAGUCAGUAUGAAAUUAAAUACAACGUGUCACUUCGCCGAUAAUGCGAAAUGAAAAAAAUGGCGGAUUAUUUCGAUGAAAUGGGAUGGACACCGUUAAGGGACGGCGAGGCGCCAAGCUAUCUAAUCCAAAUAGCAAGGCUUUUACGAGAUUUUGGUAUGUGGGAUUUAUUGGGCCAAUCCACCAGACUACCACCUCCUGCUUCAAAAUCUGCAAUUGAAAAUUUGAAAGAGAUUGAAAUCGGAUCGCUAGAUUCAAAACAAUGCCCUGUAUGUUUGAAAGAUUUAGAAGUUGGAAUAUCCGCAAAGUGCAUGCCCUGUAAACAUGUUUUUCAUAAAGAGUGUAUAAUACCGUGGUUAGAAAAGACAAAUUCAUGUCCGUUAUGCAGACACGAAUUACCAACGGAUGACGAGGACUAUGAAAUGUACAGGAAAGAGAAACAACGUGCAGUGGAAAGAGAAAAAGAUCUAUUGGCUUUACAUAAUUCAAUGUUUAUGUAGAAAAGUAUAUAUUUGUGUAUAAACAUAGUGUUUUCAUUUGCUACAAAGGAAGGACCAGAAUUGUGUUUCACAGAUCAAGAUCAAAUUUUGCGGACUUGUUCAGGAUCAUUAAUGAUGCACGAAACCGUAUGAUGUACCGCAGCUUCGUUUUUGAAAAAAUGAGGUUUUUAGGCUACAGUGAUGGAUUGCUUCCAAAACUAGGGGAAUUGCUAAAUAUGAAGAAAACAAGUAACUUUAUUUAAUAUAUUUUGUGUUUGGAAAGUAAUACCAUUUUAGAUAUCGAGAGUGUUUUUAUUUCCCGGUUGGCAGCCAAUGUUUAAGCAACAUUGAACGUAUUUUCAAGACGAUGCAACAGUUGAUUCAGCAGUGUACUUGCUUGCAGAAUCUGUCAUGGAAUCAAUCCUUUUCCUUUUUUUUUUUAUAAUACAAUAAGAACAUAUGCGUGUGCUCGUAAUUGAUCGAAACCACUAAAUAAAUUAUGCUAAUUUAAAUUACAAUGCGUAACUUUAAGCAACACAAAAGGAUGAGAACAAUACGAAUCAGGGUUGGGAAAAUUUGAUUCGAAUAACAAAUAAUUGAUGAAACUGAUAUAUAGCAAUUUAUUCUUGAUAGUUAAUCGAUCGAAUGUUUUUAUUAUAAGUUUGUAUCUGUUAAUUGCGAAAUAUUUCGUUCUAUAAUUGAAAUCUUUACUUUUCUUUAAUAAUUAAUGAAUAAAUAAUUGUUUAUCUUAUAUUCCUUAUUCGAUAUUUUUGUUUAAAUAACUCUGUAGUGUUUUCUGCAUUAUUAUUGUAGAGCGCAAGAUAUUAUCACAGUUGGGGAGCCGACCAUGAGUUUCCCCAAAUUGUUAUUAAAAAUGCAGCGUUCUUAAGACAGCAGAGUGGGCGGGAAUGUUGCAAAAUGUUAGGAACCGCCCUACCAAGGUGACGACGUUAAGGAGUGGCGUGACCAAUCCACUUUCCGCUGAGUAAUGUUCGUCGCUGUCACCUUGGUAGGGAUCACCGAGGUUUGCUUAUUGUAAAAAUCAGAACGUAGACAUCAGAUCAAUUCUCGAGAGAGUACAGCGAAUAUUUAAAAUACGGCCAAGUUUGUCGAUCUAUCGAA